AUGUCUUGCACCAGCCUGUGCAACACGUCCUGUGGGGUGGCCACCCCGGCCCCGCUGGCCGACACUUGCAAUGAGCCCUGCGUGCGGCAGUGCCCUGACUCCACGGUGGUGAUCCAGCCCCCGGCUGUGGUGGUCACCUUCCCCGGGCCCAUCCUCAGCUCCUUCCCGCAGCACAGCACUGUUGGCUCAGCAGGAGUGCCCGCCGUUGGAUCGGGCUUCGGCGGCAGUUUUGGAGGCCGUGGUGGCUCUGGAGGCUAUGGUGGCUAUGGAGGCUACGGAGGCUGGGGCGGUUAUGGAGGCUUUGGGGGUUGUGGAUAUGGCGGCUGGGGCCGAGGUCGCGGGUACCUCCGUGGCAACUGCGGUUCCUGCUAAGCCCCAACCCAGGUCCAGUUACCUAUGGAAGACGGCUCCAGAAAGGGGUCCGGCACAUCCCAACAAAAUGCUCUCUGAAAGGACAUCUAUUUGGAUUGCUGGGCUCCAGAGCUUGGAUGUCUCAAGCCUGCCUGGGGCCCAACUCUGCCCCAUAUCCUGCUCUGCUUAAGCAUCCCUUCAGGAGUCAUUGCUUUCUGGCGAUCAGGGCCCACACCAGGUGCCUUCCCCUGCAGCAUGGCUGAUGCUCAUCGCAUUCUGCUCUCUGCAAGGAAACAGACAGAGGCCCUGGCCAGGGCCCUGCUCUUCUCCCAACUCUCUCCUCCCCUGAAACUUCAAUAAAACUGUGUUGCAUC